UUAAGCGGCGAGUCCGACGUCAGCGGGCGCGUCGACGUCUUCUUUAUGCGACACGAAGUGUGAACUCUGUGCGUUUGGAACCGAUCUUUUAACGAUGACCUACAAUCAAACAUGCGAGAAAGCUUCAACGUUGUAGAUUUGACCGUGUUUGUGUAAGUAAAAACAGUUUAGAAGUCGGUGAAGCUUAUUAUUUUCAAUAUGAUAGACACAGAGAUUCCCUCAGGAGGACAUGCCGACUGUGCAAACCUCAGCGAGAAGAAAGAGAGCGAGAAAAAGAAGAGAUCUCGUGUGAAACAACUGCUGGCUGAUGUGAAGAAGCAGGUUGAGUUCUGGUUUAGUGAUGUGAACCUUCACAAGGACAAAUUCCUGAAAAAUAUGAUUGAACAGUCACGUGAUGGAUAUAUUGACAUUUCUGUGUUGACAUCGUUCAAUCGAAUGAAAAAAAUGACUACGGAUGUCAAAUUGAUAGCCAGAGCUCUUGCAAAUUCAGCAGUAGUAGAGGUAAAUCUUGAGGGAACUCAUGUACGACGAAAGGACCCUCUUGGUGGAAGCCCAAAAGAUGUGGACAGCCGCACAGUUUAUGUGGAGCUCUUGCCAAAGACAGUCACUCACGUUUGGCUCGAGCGAGUGUUUAGCAAGUGUGGAAAUGUGGUUUAUGUUAGUAUCCCCAGGUACAAGACCACAGGAGACCCCAAAGGGUUUGCGUUUGUGGAGUUUGAGACGGAAGAACAAGCGCAGAAUGCUAUUGAGAUGCUGAACAAUCCUCCGGAAGAUGCUCCGAGGAAGCCAGGACUCUUCCCUAAGACCCAUAACAGAAAGCCUAUCCCGUUUGAUGCUGUGCUGGACACAAAAGAUGAUGAAGAGGAUGGCAAGAAAAAAAGAUCUCGAAACGGCGGUGCUGCUGAAGAAAUGGAAGUAAAUAAGACGGACGGAGAAGGAGUGUCCGAGACAAAUGAGCUGAAGACACAAUCGCCAAUGGAAAACCCUGUCACGAGCAAGAGUGCUGAGAAGAAAAGACGAAGAUCCUGCAGUUUUGAUGCAUCAGUUGGAGAAGGACAAGAUGAGAUGCCAUCCAAAAUGAGAAAAGUCGAAAAGGAGGGGGAGAUGAAAGUUUUGUCAACCGAGAGCAAGAUUGAAGAACAGUUAGAUGCGGAGAAGAAAGAUGAUUCGGUUUUGAAGGCCAAGAGGAAGAGAAAGAAGAAGCUCAAGGAGAGAUUGAAAAUAGGCGAAGAGGUCAUCCCGCUUCGAGUCCUCUCAAAAAAAGAGUGGUUGGACCUGAAGCAGGAGUACCUGACGUUGCAGAAGCACUGCAUGGCCCAUCUGAAGCAGUCAGUCUCUCAGAUCAACCAGAAGACUAAAGAGAAUAACAGCAAUGCUUCAGUUAAGAAAGAGCCGUCUUCUGGCCCCAAGUUUGAGAGUGGAGUCAUCGUCAAGAUUAGCUCUAACCAACCCCUGCCGUGCAAGAGGAGCAUCAAGGAUUUGCUGUCUGAGGUGUCCGCUGUGGCUUAUGUUGACAUUCUCGAUGGAGAUGUGGAGGGUCACGUUCGCUUCAAGAGCCCUGAAGAUGCGCAGGCGGUCAUCACAGCCCGAUCGGAGUUUCAGAAAAAGCACAACUGGAACCUUGAACUGCUCUCGGGUGACCAUGAGCAGAGGUACUGGCAGAAGAUUUUGGUGGACCGACAAGCAAAGCUGAACAGUCCUAGAGAAAAAAAGUGUGGGAGAGAAAAGCUCAUUUCUAAAGCUGAGAAAAUCAUCAUCACUCGGACCAAGGAGGCAAGCAAGCACAUCUUCUUUGAUGAAUAAUAAUGGCAUUUCAAAUGACCUAGCCAAUGAAAAUGAUUUUUGACCUGUUAUGUUAUUGUUCGAAUGAGUUUCAUAUUGGAAUGAAGAUGACUGGCAUAUCCACCGUUAUUUUAUGUUGACAGACAUACAACGUUUCUGAUGUUUUGUUUUUUUGCUUGAGAUAUUGAAGUUGUUCACAGAUCUGGUUUGGAGUCUAGUAUGCAGAUUGUAAAAUGUAGUGUGUCAUCUUUUCUGAAUGAAACAAGCAGGGUUACAUAUAUUUUGAUGGCUCCAAAAUCAGUUGCAUAUGUUGGCUUUUUGAAAAUAAAAUGUAUUUUUUAAAUUUAAACUUUA